AGAGACCACCCAAAUCAAAAAUCUUUGGUGACUCUUCUCUCGCUGCCUCUUUGGUUCACAUGUACGUGUGUGCGUACGCCGUACGUAUUAAUUAAUUACAUAUAUAAUACCAAAUCCAGACAAGACGACGAGACACACGUAAAUUCAGGGAAACGCCUUUCUCGGAUUGUGCUCCACCUCACCACCCCAAUUAUUGAUUCUCAAUAUUGGGGGUUCAUUCUAUUCUAUUCUAUCCUAGGGGUUUUGGCCUCGUAAUUUCAUCUGGUUUUCUUCUUCUGGGUUUUUUCCGCUGCUCUUGUUCAUCGAGGACCGCAAUUCUUACAUUGGUUGAUGACCUCGCUUGUUUGCUGCUCGUCAGGACGUCCAGAUUCAUGUUUCCUUCUGGGGCAGGGCCAUCUAAGGACAUUGGAAAGUGAAACAGGAAUAUUGUGGUCCUCAUUCAGAAAGAGAGGAGAUUAGUAACACUGAAACUUGAGAGCAAAACAUGGCUCCUGGAAGUGGUGUCUAUCAUGAUGUUCUUGAGUCUCGCGCUGUAUCCACUGAUUAUGGUAUAGCACCUACGGAAAUGGAAUUCAGAAGCUCGCCUUUCAGAAAAUGUGGUGCUGCUGUUGGUGGAAAACGUGGAAUGGCUUCAAAUAGUGCUGUUCAUGAGCUUCUUGAGUGCCCUGUUUGCCUAAAUGUGAUGUACCCUCCCAUUCAUCAGUGUCCCAAUGGCCAUACUAUAUGUUUCAGUUGCAAGACUAAAGUACAUAAUUGUUGCCCUAUUUGCCGCCAAGAGCUUGGAAACAUAAGGUGUAUGGCUUUGGAGAAAGUAGCAGAAUUGCUAGAACUGCCAUGCAGAUACCAGUUCUUGGGUUGUCAAGACAUAUUCCCCUACCAGAGCAGACUCAGGCAUGAGCAGAAUUGCAGGUUCCGCCCAUAUAAUUGCCCUUAUGCCGGAGCUGAAUGCUCCGUCACUGGUGAUAUCCGGUUUCUUGUUGGACAUCUCAAGAAUGAUCACAUGGUUGACAUGCACGACGGCUGUACUUUCAACCAUAGAUAUGUCAAAUCCAAUCCCCAAGACGUUGAAAAUGCUACAUGGAUGUUGACUGUUUUCAACUGUUUUGGGCACCAAUUUUGCUUGCACUUUGAGGCUUUCAACAUCGGGAUGGCACCUGUCUACAUGGCCUUCUUGCGCUUCAUGGGAGAUGAACACGAGGCCAGAAAAUUCAGCUACAGCUUGGAAGUAGGAGGGAACGGAAGAAAGCUAACAUGGCAAGGAGUUCCAAGGAGCAUUCGCGAUAGCCAUAAGACAGUAAGAGAUAGCCUGGAUGGACUGAUUAUCCAGAGGAACUUGGCACUCUUCUUUUCUGGUGGGAGUGGCCAGGAGCUCAAGCUCAAAGUGGCUGGUCGCAUAUGGAAAGAACAGUUAUAAUUAUUAACCCUAGAACACACACACACACACACACACACACAUAUAUAUGAAAAAACUUUCUAAACUGAUGUGUUUGGUUCGGUUGGAAUAUCCAUACAUGUCGUGUCUGUCUCUGUAAAUGGCGGAUUAGAAGAUUUGUUAGUUGCUGCAAAGGAUAGAAGAUCAUCAGUUGUUGUUGUUAUGUGAUGGGUUUCUCUACUAUUAUAGAUCAGUUGCAAGCUUUCGCUA